AUGAGAACUUGCUACUGCUUGUCCUUUCUCAUUUGGACUUCCAUGCUUCAUGAGGUUCACGCAUCAUCAUCCCCGAAGAGGACUAACAUGUAUUUGCAAGUGGAGCGGGUAACGGGGACGCCCAAAGAUCACGGAAAAGCACUGCAUCGAACCAAGCGGGGCUGGAUGUGGAAUCAGUUUUUUUUACUGGAGGAGUACACUGGUCCAGAUACUCAAUAUGUGGGCAAGCUACACACUGACCAAGAUAAAGGAGAUGGAAAUUUAAAAUACAUAUUAACAGGAGAUGGAGCUGGCAGUCUAUUCGUUAUAGACGAAAAUACAGGAGAUAUUCAUGCUGCAAAAAGGCUGGAUCGAGAAGAAAAGUCCCUGUAUGUCCUACGUGCCAAGGCUAUAGACCGGAAGACUGGAAGACAAGUCGAGCCAGAAUCGGAAUUUAUCAUUAAAAUCCAUGAUAUCAAUGACAAUGAACCUAAAUUUACCAAGGACAUUUACACCGCCAGCGUCCCUGAAAAGUCUAGGGUUGGCACUUCUGUCAUCCAAGUGACAGCUACCGACGAUGACGAUUCGAACUACGGCAACAGCGCCAAAGUCGUUUACAGUAUCCUCCAGGGCCAGCCGUAUUUUUCAGUGGAUCCAGACACAGGCAUCAUCAAAACUGCUUUACCGGAUAUGAGCCGAGAAAACCGAGAACAAUACCAAGUGGUCAUCCAAGCCAAGGACAUGGGAGGCCAGAUGGGUGGAUUAUCAGGAACCACCACGGUGAAUAUCACACUGACUGACGUCAACGACAACCCACCUCGAUUCCCUCAGAGCUCAUAUCAGAUCAGCUCUCUGGAGUCCGCACCUCUUGGGACUUCACUUGGCAGAAUAAAAGCCAACGACCCCGACGUGGGCGAAAACGCUGAAACCGAAUACAGCAUUGCUGAUGGAGAUGGAUCGGACACGUUCGAUAUCAUCACUGACAAGGACACACAGGAAGGGAUUAUAACUGUCAAAAAGCAAUUAGAUUAUGAAAAGAAGAAUCUCUACACCCUAAAAGUGGAGGCCACCAACACGCAUCUGGACCCACGGUUUUUCCACCUGGGCCCAUUUAAGGAUUCGGCUUUUGUCAAAGUUUUUGUGGAAGACGUGGACGAACCGCCGGUGUUUACCAUGCCCUCUAGUUUAAUAGAAGUGGACGAAGAUGCCAGGGAAGGCAGCAUCGUUGGCCAAGUAAUAGCUCAAGACCCAGAUGUAGUGAAGAACGCAAUCAAAUACUCUCUGAAUCGGCACACGGAUUUGGAUAGAAUAUUCAACAUACACUCUGGAAAUGGAUCCAUAUUCAUCUCAAAGACACUUGACCGAGAAUCAACCCCAUGGCACAACCUCACUGUCAUAGCCACUGAAAUCAGCAACCCCAAACAAAGCACCCAGGCACCCAUCUUCAUUAGGAUUUUAGACAUAAAUGACCACGCGCCAGAAUUUGCCAAGUACUAUGAAACGUUUGUUUGUGAAAAUGCAAAAGCAGGACAGCUCAUACAAACGGUGAGCGCAGUGGACAAAGAUGACCCUCCUCGUGGGCACAAAUUCUUCUUUGAGCUGUCGCCUGAAUAUACAAUCCACCCCAACUUCUCCAUUGUAGACAACAAAGAUAACACAGCUGGGGUGAUAACCAGAAGGAACGGAUACAGCCGCACUAAAAUGAAUACCUAUCUCCUGCCAGUGGUCAUAUUUGAUAAUGACUACCCCAUCCAGAGCAGCACCGGCACACUGACCAUCAAGGUGUGCGCCUGCGACAGCCGGGGAAACAUGCAGUCCUGUAAUGCGGAAGCACUGCUCCUUCCAGCGGGCCUCAGCACAGGAGCCCUCGUCGCCAUUUUGCUCUGCAUCAUGAUUCUCCUGGUUUUAGUCGUGCUGUUUGCGGCCAUGAAGCGGCAGAGGAAGAAAGAGCCUUUGAUUGUUUCGAAAGACGAUGUCCGGGACAAUAUCGUGACCUACAACGAUGAGGGGGGCGGGGAGGAGGAUACCCAAGCCUUCGAUAUCGGAACGCUACGCAAUCCCGAAGCCAGAGAAGAAAGCAAAAUCAGGAGAGAUGUCAUGCCAGAAACGAUCUUCCAAAUCCGGAGGACUGCACCGUUGUGGGAAAACAUUGAUGUCCAAGAUUUUAUCCAUCGAAGGCUAAAGGAAAACGAUCUGGAUCCGACCGCCCCUCCUUAUGAUUCCUUAGCCACUUACGCGUACGAAGGGAACGAUUCUAUAGCCAAUUCGCUUAGCUCUUUGGAAUCACUGACCACAGAGAGCAACCAAGAUUAUGAUUACCUUAGUGACUGGGGACCGAGGUUUAAAAAGUUAGCAGACAUGUAUGGUGGAGAUGAGAGUGACCGAGACUGA